CUGAUGACCUUUGGUAGGAGACGCCGAAUGGGCUUUGGACUGAGCAGAGAGGAAAGCAACAGGAAGCAAAAUGACGGCAGAUUACUAAAAUCUGGUCAGAAAACAUGACUGGAGUUUAAUAUAAUUAUCCAAGUUUUGAAGUCCGUCCAUCUCAGACGUGAGGAAUUCUCUUCACCAAGGGAAUGCUUUCCUUCAUCAAAUCGUUUUUCCCAACGUCCUACUUCCUGCCGGGGUGGCUGACUCUAGACAUAAACCCCCUGGAUGGUUUACUCCAAGGGCUGGUGGGUGCAUGUGGGAUUUCAGUCAUGUGCUCCCUGUUGAGAGUCCACUUGUUGUUAGAGGAAAGCCAGAAUGAAAAACACAAUAGUGACGCAUCCACUGAGACGUCAACCAGUCUUAAGACAAGACCUGUGAGUGGACUUGUUGGGACCAUCCAGUUUGUCUUUGUGACUGGGAUACUGGCUGUAGUGGGAUCCCGUGUGGCUUCGCUCGUGGUUUUAGAAUUUUGUCUUCGAGGCGUCUCUGGGCUUGUUACAGCUGGACCGGACUCUAGAAAAUUCCUGCAGCAGCUGUUGGUGCAGAGCCAGUUCUCUCUGGGCUGCGCCCUCAACUGUAGUUUACACUUCCUCCACGAGGGAGCAUCCCAGCGCUGGCUGUGCCUGCUGCUGGCAGCAUCCCUCAGCUGGUUUCUAUCAAAGCAGGCAGCGGGCCUUCUGCAUCAUGUCUCAGUUCUGUAUAAGCUCCACAGCUCUCAGCGCUACUGCGGCAUCUGCAUCGGCCUGCUCUCCUCUGGCUGGUACCUGCUGCCCCUGCUCUGCAGGAUUCUGCUCAUAACCUUCUCUGUGGCUGUGCUGGCUGGCGUAUCAAUCAUCAAUCAGCAGUUUCUCUCUGCAAGCGAGGCCCUGAGGUUUUGGACACCACUGACUAUCUGCUACACACUGUUGGUGGUUUACAUGCAGGAGGAGCAGCAUCGUCUGCCUAGCAGCCAGGCCAUCAUCAACACAGUCGUGGUGCGUCUCGGGGGUUUGAUGGUCCUGAUGCUGACUGUUGGACGCUGGGCUGACGUGUUCCACAUUCUAAUGUGUUUCCUGGGUGAGGCCUGCUGUCUAAUCCCUGCCGUAGAUCUGCUGGAUGCAGCAUCCUUACAGGAAGAAGAGGAUUUCACACACUAUGCACAGAGAGAGCGUCGACAGAAACCGCGCACACACCAGGAGCAUCAGAGAUAGCAUUUCAAAUUUAGGAAAUAUCAGAUUUUGCAAGUGCGAAAAUAUUCUAGAAACAUGUUUUCAACAUUCACUCUUCAGUAGAAGCAAUUCAGUUUGCAUAGUGGAUAAUUUUGUGUUGUUUGAAAACAUUAUCAAUAAGGUGGACUUCAGUUAAUUCUAGAAUAUUUUGUGUUAUCUGACAUUAGUUUUUCCUAUGGGGCCUUAUGACUCAGAUGGUAAAACAUGCUCUUAAACUGCAUUUCAUGUCUUUAUAUUAUUUGACAUAAUCAAAACAUAAAUAUUGUUUAAUCAUAUUAAAAAUACUAAUUGGCACAUUAGCUAGCGAAAUGUACCAAUUAUAAAACAAAGCAUCAUUGUUACUUUGCUAUUACGUUAAUAUUAGACAAACUUAUGAUGCACGGUAUGUUUUUUGUUGCUGGAGGUUGUCUGGAUAAGAAAAAAAAAAGCCAAAAUGGCUGCCGAUCGUUGUUACUGCCCUCAGUUUUACAAAAUGGCGUUAAACAAAGAGCCAAGCUAGCAGUACCUACGACGAUUCUUCUCUGACCUUUAAAUGUUAUUUCGAAGCAAUAAAUCCACAUUAACACAUUG